GUGUGAUCUCAUGUAUGUGUAUGGAACCGGAGGGGGCGGGGCAAAUAGGUGUAAAUUGACUGUCAGGGCCGGGUGUUUGAGUGAGGCCUUUCGGGAGGGUCGCCACAAUAUUGGAUGCUUUUCUCCAGAGUUUCGCCUCCUCUGGAAUACAGAGCUUGAUGACUUGGAACAUAAGAGAGGAGCAGUCGUUUGAGUAUCACUUGCGAGCUAACUGUUUACUUUAGCCUGUUGCAAUAGGCUUUAGAAGAAGCCUUCUGCAUGCGAGCUUAUAAUUGUUAGCAAACUCUGGUGACUUUGGAAGUUCAUUUUGUCCGGGAAAAUAAAAUGAAUUUGAGUCAACUUUUCAGGGUUUUGCUCUCGGUAGCUGUUGCCUGCGAGGCCAUUACAAUUGGAUCAGGCUGUGAAGGAGCUGAAUGCACCAAAACCAUAGAGGUAUUGACCAAAACGGUGGACUAUGGAAAGCCGACCCAACACGCUGAUUACCUGAAUCAGUUCAAUGAGAUGAACUCUCCUACUGUGGACAGGAAACAUCGCGAUGCGGCAUCUGUCCUACCAUUCAUCGGCCUCACUGGAAGUGCAAAGCAGAGUCGUAACUGCUGUAAGAAUGGAGGGACCUGCAUCUUGGGAAGUUUUUGCGCAUGCCCACCACAUUUUACUGGCCGGAGUUGUGAAUACGACGAACGAGUCAGGAGCUGUGGUACCAUUCCCCAUGGGGUGUGGGUUCAGAAAGGCUGCUCAUACUGCAGGUGUGGAUAUGGGGUCAUGCACUGUUUUCCUCAGGUGUUCCAUGAGGACUGUGACGAGGACCAGGAAGUCCGCUGGUUUCAUUCAACGGGUGUCCGAACGCUGCAGACCAAGUACUUCCUGUGUCUAGGACUAAUGUUUUUGGUUUUGUUUGCUUGAGAAGCUAUGGGUGAAUGAGACCCGAUUGAUUUCAGCCUCAAAGGCCUCAUGAAAUGACUCCUGGUUUUUGGGCGACGUACUGAAAUGAAAUUUCCUUCCAGUGGAAGUCGGAACUACAACUUGCUGUGUUAAAAGCAACUGUCGUGUAAAUGUGAAGGAUGCUGUACAUAAGAUUUUAAUGGAAAAUAUUUGGUAUUGUGCUUUUUAUUCGCAAUCUUUCUAGACUUGAUGAAUACGUGUUUUGAACAUGUCAAUCAUUCAACGUGUCCUAUGUUGUACUCUGUUUUACAAAUGGAGUGUGAUGACGUAUGUUUGUUUCUGGUUGGUAGUACACAUUGUGACCAAUAUUAUUGCAUUAACUGUUACGUGUACUCUCAACAGAAACAAAGUGUCACUUUUGAACCAAGUUCUGUUUUAGUUAUCUUAUUGGUUCUGUUGGAGUUCAAACACCUGGUUGCUGUUCCUAUCUACACGGACAGUUUGAUAAAGCCGGAACGACCUGUGAUUGUUGACCUUUUUGCCCGUUUUCCCCUUUUCCCUUAUCUAAAAUAAACAAUUAGACCCCUCAAUCGAUCACCAGUGUUGAUGUUCCAAGUUGUUGUGUUAAUAGUCAUUGCUCUGGUCAAAGUUUUUUUCAAUUGGCUGUGAUGGGAAUUGAAUGUGUUCGUGUCAUUAAAAAUCUCAUAACGUGA